GUUCUGGCUGUAACAGGCCACACGCGACCAGGAUUAAAGCCCUGCGCAGCGGAAACGCGUGGACAGCACGUGGCCACAUCCGGCGCGCCUUGGAACCAGCGGCUAUGGACGUAGACGCCAGUAAUUUUAAACAGAGCCUCUCACGCCUGCAGGAUCUUCUCGAUGACGCGGACUUUGUGGGUCUCGACAUAGAGUUCACAGGUCUACGUUCAAACUCGUCCCAACAGAUCAGUCUCUUUGAUUCACCGUCCGAGUGGUACCAGAAGACCCGCCAGAGCAUUCAGCAGUUUACGAUAUGUCAGAUCGGACUGUCUGUAUUUUAUAGCGUUGAAGGAGAGCCGAACAAGUAUGUAGCCCAUUCCUACAACUUUUUCCUCUUCCCUACAACAUUUGGGAUCUUGGACUCAGAGUUCUCAUUCCAGGCAUCUAGUGUUCAGUUUUUGAAUCAGUAUGGCUUUGACUAUAACAAGUUCCUCAAAAAAGGAAUCCCAUACAUGAAUGAAGAGCAGGAGAAGAAAAUUAGGCAGAGCAUCUUGCGAGGGAACUGGAGAGUUCGAAGUUCUCUGGAUAAGGACCAAAUUAAGGUGGUGAUUGAUAAGGUGACUCGGUGGCUGGACCUGGCUGAGGAAGAUGACCGGAUGACUCUUCCUGGUAUUUAUGGAUUUCAAGCCGUUGAAGUUCAAAUGGUCCUAAGGCAGGCCCUCCCCAACAUCUGGACUAUGCUGAGAGACGAGGGGGUUGUUGUGAAGAAGGUCAGUGAGCCUUACCGAUGGUACCUCGAGAAUGCCUCUUGUGAUCAAAUGAGGUGUUGGAGGGAGGAGAUUGUGCUCUCUGCAAGAGGCUUUUCCGUCUUUUUCCAGAUGUUGGUGAGGGCAAAAAAGCCCCUGAUAGGACACAAUAUGAUGAUGGACCUGCUGCAUCUCCACGAGAAGUUUUUCAAACCUCUCCCAGAAAGCUACGAUGAAUUUAAACAGAACAUCCACAGCCUUUUCCCUGUCAUCAUUGACACCAAGAAUGUGACGAAAGACAUCUGGAAGGAACUGCGUUUCCCACGGGUCUCCAACCUGUCAGAAGUGUACGACGUGCUGAACAGUGACUUGAAUCCCACUAAUAAUUCUGGGCCAGAGAUUAUGCACGGAAGAGACUGUGAAAAAUACGUUGAGACCAAGUGCCCCCAUGAGGCUGGAUACGACGCCUUCCUCUGCGGGUCAGUUCUUUUGAAAGUGGCGCACUUACUCCUGGAGAAGGUCUAUGGUAAUGAUUCUGUGGACGAACUCACUUUCUCUCAGUACCUGGAUGUGCUGGAGCCCUAUGUGAACCAAGUGAAUCUUAUCAGAGCUGGGGUUCCUAAAAUUAACCUUUCUGGCCCAGAUUACCCCAGUAUCCGGCCUCCCGUGCUCAUCCUCACCGUCAAGAGUCCUGAGGUCACCGAGCAUCAGGUCUACCGGGAGUUCCAGAACCUUUGCAAGUUCGAUGUCAGGCGGUUCACUGCAAACCAGUUCCUGCUCCUGACCAAUAAGUUUAAAGAUGCCCGCAGUGUCUUGAAGGAGUACAAAAACCACCCAAACUUACAGAUCUCCCUGUACCGGUACUGGAAACAUUCCCCCAACAUCACCUGCCUGUUAAGAGUCUGCGGCAUCAUCACUACCUGGGCCGCGAUUGCACUUGUCCUGGGCAGAUUCGGCCCCAGACUGCAUUGAGCCCCCUUGACUACUGCCGGAGCUUCCCAGGAUGGCCCUCAUGACUUGUCUGUAUAAACAAGUUUGUUUUCAGGCAGACCUGUAUGGUGGUCCUUUUAUUAUUUUGUUCUGUUCUGAAUGUGAGAUUCUGUAUCUUUGUACAUGGCCAAUGCAUUCCUUCCUAUAAACUGCUGGGGGAAGUCCUGGCCACUUGGGUUGGAGCCCAGAAUUUUUUGAUGGGUAUGUGUGAGCGAAGGGGCUAUUGGGACAGGAACUGACAGAGACAAAGGAAGGAGCUGCACUAUGGCUUCAGAAGCUGUGAGUACCACACUGCAGAUGUCUGGCCAACACUAGGAUACAAACACCAGUAAGACCUCCAGGGCUCCGUCUGCGCUCAUGGAACUGGAGGAGCGCAAACAUGGAACAGGUCGGCCAGGGGGGAGUUGCAGGCAGUCACGCUGAAGGCGGAGCAUGCAGUGCUGGCACAGAAAGGGGUGUCCGUCACCCAGUUGUGGGACUCCCAGGGUGACUGCUGAUUCUGCCCCAGCCAAGCAGAACAGGUGUGCGAAGUUCAUAGUCUGUGAUCGGUCAGCCCUACUAUCAUGUUACUGCUCAAAGACUGGACACGGCCUUCCCAAGACCUCAGUUUUCAAGACGAAGAGACAAGCCAGAACUCCGACUACCCAAGCCCCCUAAGUUGUGGAAGGUCGCAAACUCAGUUUCGCCACCCUGCUUCUCUGUGAGGGGUUAAGAGGCCUCUCGGGUGUCUCUUCCUUUGAUUCCCCCCCACGUUCAUCUCUCUUCCAAAGAAACCUCAGCUCUGGGCUAAGGUGGUUUGUAUUCCUGCUUGCAGAUACCUGGUCCCCUCCACCCUCACCCCUGGCUUCUGUAGAGACCUCCCUUGUGGUCCCUGUGGUCAUGUCUUGACACUGGUUUGCAGGGUUCCAUCCCACAUCUUUGUUCUGCAUGGUCCCCUGGUGUCUACACUUCACCGUCCCAUGGUAGAAGCCGCCUUCCUCAGCGGGAUUUAGUGGAGAGCUGUGGAGGUGUGCAGGACGGAUGACUGGGGGAGCUGUCUGAGGUAGUCUCCGUCAUCUGACCUUUCUGUCCAGAGUCAGUCCCACCAUCUUAUUUCCCUGUACUCCUCUGGUUCCAGGGUCUUAGAUAGCUUCCAUCACAUUGGAUGUUUUUAAUUUUUUUUUGAGAUCAGGAUCUCUAUGUAGCCCUGGCUGUCCUGGAACUUGUGUAGAUCCAGGCUGACCUCAAACUCAGAUCUGCCUCCCAAGUGCUAGGAUUAAAAGCAUAUGCCACCACUGCCUGGCAUGGGUUUUCCAUGGGACUCGCACUUAGUUUUGAGGUCCCUGUAGCCUGCUGCCCACACAGGGCCUGAGGCAAGCCAGCCCCAGCUUCCCACCAGCCCAGCUGCUGGGACACUUAGCUGUUUGGAUUGCUCUUUAUCAGCAUGCUUUUUUCUUCAUAACUUCACUCAACAAACUCUUCAGAAUGUAGGAGGGCUGCCGUGGACAGGCCAUGAUGAGUUUUUAGAGCUGUGAAAAAAUAAACCAAAUAAAGCCUCUAGCCAGAGCCCACUUGGAGAGUCCAGGCAUCCUGGCGCUCAUCCAUUGCCUCUGCUCCAGCUUUCCAAAUUUCUGAGUAAAUCUCAAAAGCCAAGAAUUUGACUUUUUGGGCACGCCUGCCUGCUCUCCCCUGAGAUGAUUGAAGGAAGGACCUCUAAGGAGGAAGAUGAGGACCUUCACUUACAAAUCACAAUGUUUGCCUCAAUUGCUGUUCUAUAAAUAAAGGAUAAUUUCAAACCAGUA